UUUCGCUCCAAAUCGAAGUCAUUUCGCUCCCUUGGACUUUUGCUGGGGUUAUACAUAGCUGUAGUUUCGUAAAAAAGAUAAAAAAUAAUUCUGGUUAAUCAAGCGAUAGUUUUUCAAAAACCUUAAGCACGCAACUAAAUUUUAAGUUGUUUUCUUUUAUUAUGUACAAUUCAAUUCAAUGAAACAAAGAGAUAAAAUAUUUCGCCUAAGAUCUAUAUUCGGCUGACCACGACUGAGGCGUUGAAAUGGUGGACGAGAAAAAUGUGAAAAUGAGUGUUGCUGGUAGUUUUCAACGCGACUAUGAUGUCCUUCGCGGAGAGCUUCAGAUUUACAAGAGGAAGUUGGAUAGUAAAGCUGAAGCUCUCCUCAUCUUGAGUAAAGAGCUGGAUCAAUGUCGCAGUGAACGCGACCAGUUCAAACUGAUGGCAGAACAGCUAAGAGAGCGCUACCAAGCUCUCAAACGCCAGGUCACAGGCAAGAGUCCACAGGGAGCUAAUGUUGAAUAUGUGGAGGCUGUUCUCGUCACCGGGAAUGAAACUGAGAAUGUUUGUAAGCGGAAGCAGCAACCCCCUUUGAAGGAAAAUCUCUCGCUGCGUCUGUAUCAAGUAAAGGAAGCAAACAAAUGCCUUCAGUUUGAAGCGGAUGAUUUGAAACAGAAGCUUCAUGAUGCUGAUGGUGAUAUCAAGUUGUUGAGAGAGCAGAUUGCCAGACAGCGGGUUGGCACAACAGAUGAAGGCAUGAAUACAAGGCACUUUCCAGCUCAUGAGAGAGAGGAACUUGUGAAGGAGUUGGAGGCAUCAAGGGAACAGUACGUUCAGCUUGAACGAGACCUCCAGACGGUCUUAGACGAGAAAGAAGAACAAGAAACCGAGCGAGAUGCUUUCAAGCACAAGUAUGAGCGCCUCAAUAAGGAGCUCAACUAUAUACUGAAAGGAGAUGAGAAGAGGAUAUUGGACAUUGAUGCCUUGAGCACUGAGAAUAGGUAUCUCCAAGAAAGGUUAAAACAGAUGGAAGAGGAAAAAAGUAUUGCCAUGGCAACAGUAUCAAAAUAUAAGAGUAUAUUGGAGAAGAAAAAGAAGGGGACAUUAAAAAUAGGACAGAAUCGAAGUGGAGGUGUUGUAAUCUCUCAAAAACAAGUGCACCAACUCCUUGAGUCAACGACAGGAGUGGCAGCGACUCAGCAGACGGUUGCCGACCUUCAGGGGCUCUCAAGGGCAUUGCUAGAAUCUCUCAAUGAUAAGAAUCUGGCUCUCUCACAUCAAAGAAAAACGAACAAAAUUCUUGGCAACAGGGUCUCAGAACUUGAGAAGAAAUUGAAAACAUUAGAGGUUGCUGGUCUGUGGAAUGUGCCAGGUAAAUCACGAGCUUCCAGUCUGGAGAAGUUAAAGAUGGAGUGUGACGACAUCAGGACCUUGAUUCCACACCAGACGUCGUUAGACCGAGAUAAGAAUGAUGCCAACCACUCGAGCGAUUUAGAGUCGGAGCUUGGUCAAACUCCUCAGAUGUCGCCGGAGGGGACACCCAACCAUGUGCUCAAGAUGUCGGGAGGGAGCAAUGCUGGCUUAUUACUCGAGGAUCUUGAUCUCCUGCCAACUAAGGAACAACCUCAACAAGCUGACCAAGGAUGUAAGUCCGGUGAAAUCCUCCUCUCGCCGCUGCAGAGUCCGGGGAGUGCACAAGAUAUCCUUGCCAUGUUCGGCCAGCAACUCAACCAAGAGAUUAAUGCAAGAACUGUAACAGACGAGAGAAACGAUUACAAUUCUGAAGAUGCUGCAAAUUAUGUGGAGGAAUUUUCUCGAAAAGAGGGUGACUUCCGCAAUUCUGCUGAUAGCGGGAGGAUCGAUCGUUAUGGGAAUAGCGUGCAUGUGAUGCCGCAGGAGGAAGAGAGUGAAGAGAGUGACCAGGCAGGGGAUGAGGAGGAAGACUUACAUAAUAUAGAUUUAGACAAUAAAGAGACUAAUGAUGAUUUUUAUGAAGAUGAUGCUCAGGAUAAUGAGCAUGAGCUCCAAUCUGAGCUACAGAGUUUGCUUGAGAAUGCAUCCUCGCUGAUAACAAUGCCAAAAGAUCCAAGCAUCGAGCUGGAAGAUUUAAACAUGACUGCUAAAGUUGGGCGUAAGACAGUGACAUUUGCCGAUGAUACAGUGCCAGGCGACGAGUCACCGCGAUGUACCUCACCUCUUCUGAACUUGGAGCAAUCGCAAGAGGACAAAUAUGAACUGCCUGAAAUGUUGUGAUCACGUUAUAUUGCAAAACAUGAAUUCUAUUGGCGUUGUCAAACGUGGUGACCCACACAUUGAAAUGACCACCUGCAAUAUAUCAGGCAUUUCAAUCAUAUUUCUUUGAAUUGCCGAAACCAUUCCUAUAUUUGUGUCUAGUCAUAAUCAGGUCUUACAUGAAACCUUGCCAGCAACUUUCCUUUGGAGGUCAGAAAAUUCCUUUUUCAGUCAUUCCAAACAAUCGUGGUGUUUAUUCCAAGUAGUGAGUGGGCUUGGAGACUGAAGCUGAUGUCUACUUUCUACUUGUUAACACUAGUCCAGCUAAUGUUCAGCUCUGUCAAGGCCUAUUGGCAACAGUCAAGGAGAGCUGAUGAUCUGGCCACUGCUGCCAUCUAGUGAGUGGGUUGAAGACUACAGCUGAUUCCUAUCUUGUUAACACUAGUCCAGCUAAUGUUCAGCUCUGUCGCGGCCUAUUGGCAACGUCAAGGAGAGCUGAUGAUCUGGCCACUGCUGCCAUCUAGUGAGUGGGUUGAAGACUACAGCUGAUUCCUAUCUUGUUAACACUAGUCCAGCUAAUCUCCUGUACACAUUACAACUCUCUGUCGCGGCCUAUUGGCAACAGUUAAGGAGAGCUGAUGAUCUGGUCACUUCUGCCAUCCAGCAGCUGGGUUCUAUUCUUUCAAUUCUACAUGAUGAUGAACACCCUACAUUCCAUGGACCUGUUUUCACCAGAUGGUGCAGUGUUCGACUGGUAGAUUAGUAAUGGUUUAUAAAGUGAUGUCCAUUUUAUGUCUAUUGAUUGCCGUGAUAAACAUGUCUUGUUUACUUUUGGUUUGAUUUGUUAACCUGAAUUCUCUUCUUAGUAACUGUAUUCCCCUUGGGAAAAUCCUCUCAACUAUUUAUUCCUCUUAUAAUAACUUCUUCACCAUAUCCUUAUCUGAUGUAGGGUUCCUUCGUGAUGAACAACUGAGGCUGUGAUUUCAGUUAAUAAAGUGUGCAAUAC